AUCAUAGUUAAUUGGAGUGGCAAAUUUAGAGAAACAACAAUGUCGUCGAUAACCGUUGGCCGUAGGAUUAGGGCUUGAUGAGUGGUGGUGCAUGGUGAUCCCAAGAUGUUGUCUACCACCUCGACAUCUUAGAUGUCCGACAUUGCGGAGAUUCCGGAAAGGGCUAAUCAGUAGUGAACACUCGUGGGAAGACAGACAUGUAAGCGUUUCUUUGUAAGAGGUCUUCUUCGUCCCGAGUCUCGAGGCUUCAUUGUCUCAAUUAUCCAAAUCGCGAGAGAGAGAGAGAGAGAGAGAGAGAGAGAGAGAGAGGAAAGGAAAAAGAAUCUUUGAAGAAAGUUUGGUACAGGGAAGGGCUUCGGAAAUGGAAGACGUUCGGGUGGACAAGGAGGAGGAGGAGGAGGUGGGACCCAUGGUUGGGGGAGAAGAGGAAGGAGAGGCAGGUUCGAGCUUAACGAUGGAGAGGGUGGCUGUCGCCAAGAAGUUCAUCGAAAACCAUUACAAAGCCCAGAUGAAGCUCAUACAAGAUCGCAAAGAGAGGCGUUCAGUGCUGGAAAAGAAGUUAGCAUCUUCUCAUGUACCAGAAGAAGAACAGAUGCAUCAACUGAAAGAUUUAGAGCGCAAGGAGACUGAGUAUAUACGGUUAAAACGACACAAAAUAUGUGUCAGUGAUUUUAACCUUCUUGAUAUUAUUGGGAGGGGAGCCUUUGGAGAGGUAAGACUUUGUCGUGAGAAGAAAUCAGGCAAUAUUUAUGCCAUGAAAAAGUUGAGAAAGUCUGAGAUGCUCAGUAGGGGGCAGGUUGAACAUGUCAGAGCUGAGCGGAACUUAUUAGCAGAAGUUGCGAGUCAUUGCAUUGUGAAACUCUAUUACUCCUUUCAGGAUGCUGAUUAUUUAUAUCUGAUAAUGGAAUAUUUACCGGGUGGUGAUUUAAUGACUUUGCUGAUUAGAGAAGAAACCUUGACUGAAAGUGUGGCUAGAUUUUACAUCGCUCAAAGCGUUUUAGCCAUAGAAUCUAUUCAUAGACAUCAUUACAUUCAUCGUGAUAUAAAACCUGACAACCUUCUUUUGGACAAAAAUGGUCAUAUGAAACUCUCUGAUUUUGGUCUUUGCAAGCCACUUGAUUGCACAAAUUUAUCAUCAAUAAAUGAGGGCGAAGUCUUAGAUGACGAGAACUUGAGUGAUACCAUGGACAUUGAUGAAUCCUUACCAAAUUCUAAAUGUGGACGGCGCUGGAAAAGUCCCCUUGAACAACUUCAGCACUGGCAAAUAAAUAGGAGGAAGUUGGCAUUUUCCACAGUUGGAACUCCAGACUAUAUUGCUCCUGAAGUGUUGCUUAAAAAGGGAUAUGGUGUGGAGUGUGACUGGUGGUCUCUUGGUGCUAUCAUGUAUGAGAUGCUUGUUGGUUAUCCCCCGUUUUACUCUGAUGAUCCAGUAACAACAUGUAGAAAGAUUGUACAUUGGAAACAUCAUUUAAAAUUUCCAGAGGAGGCAAGGCUGACACCUGAGGCAAUGAAUCUAAUUUGUAGGUUGCUCUGUGAUGCUGACCGAAGACUUGGAACUAGAGGGGCAGAUGAAAUUAAAGCACAUCCUUGGUUCAAAGAUGUUGUAUGGGAUAAACUCUACGAAAUGGAAGCAGCAUUCAAACCACAAGUCAAUGGAGAGCUUGACACACAGAAUUUUAUGAAAUUUGAUGAGGUUGAGCAACCAAAACCAACUAGAAUUGGAUCUGGUCCCAUCAGAAAGAUGCUAUUGACUCCUCAAGAUCUUAGCUUUGUUGGUUAUACAUAUAAGAAUUUUGAUGCUGUCAAAGGCAUGCAUCAUACUAUGGGUACGUGA